ACUAAGCUCCGAUGCAUCCGCUCACUGUUUGAUUCUCUGAGGCAACAGGUGAGUCCGUCCAGGUCAACUCUGCACACUCCACCGGGAUGGAUAUGGAAAAAUACGCCCCCAAAUUCAGCAAAGUGUUGGUGACACCGGAUCCACAUUACAUACCAGGCUAUGGAGGUUAUUGUCCCCAGCUGAAGUACAAUAUGGGGAAGUCAUAUGGGAAGCUCACUGCAGAGCUGCUGAGGAGUCCGGAGGUGAACCACUCACCUCAGCUGGUCCUCCAAACAGGUCACCCCCACUUUGCAGAGCCUGACACAGGAAGAGUGCUCCCUGAUAGUAACAUAAGGACAAUGGUGCCAGGAUACACAGGUUUCAUUCCCAAAAAGAUGAACUACUUUGCCUGCAGCUACAGUGAAACAUGUCGUAAAGCUCUGUCUGAGUUUUACCAGGACCAUUACGACACCAUUCAACGCAGAUCAGCAAGACUGCCCGUUAUUUUCAACCACACCAACGUCCAGCCCGAGAGACCAACACCUCCUCUGACGGCCAUCAACGACGUGGUCCGCUACCAGCCUGUAGUCCCUUUCACCCCCCCUGAAAAGCCAUAUUCCAUGGAUGAUAAUAACCCUCAGAAGUACUUUGUCUCAGGAUUUACAGGACAUGUGCCAAAGUCCCGCUUCCUUUUUGGGAAAGGUUACCCCAUCACAACUAACCAGGCGCUGAUCCAGUUUGGGAGUCGGCUGCGGAACAAACCCCCAUCCCGGGACAUGGUAGAGCGGAGGGAUAACACCACGGCCCCCUUCCCAGCCAUCUACCCACAGAACCGUGGCGUGGUGCCGUCGUUUGCUGGACACAUUCCAGGAUAUAAAUUCAUGUAUGGGCAUACCUUUGGUCAACUUUCCCAGAAUGCACUGGAAAAAAGUGGCAUCAGACGGACUCUUGAAGCAAGGGCGUAAAGGAUGGCACACAGACCUCAGUACAGAAA